ACACAGCCAUCUCGAUCAUAGCCGUGUGCGUGCCUUCACCUGAAUCAACCAGGUGACCAUCGACUGUCGUCACCGCCAGCAACAAUGGCCCGGGAGCUCGCCGCAGCAUGUGUGGUUGCCGCCCUGGUGGCCCUGUGCGCGGCCGCACUCGGUGUGGCCGCGCAGCCACGGCCGGCGCCGCGCCCACUGCCGUCCAACUACCAGAUGAUCACCCCGGGCAAGUACAAGAGGGACCAGCAGACGGCGUGCGACAAUCCCAAGAACAAGCAGCAGAAAUGCAUCGCCAAGUGCGACAAGCGCUGCCCCAACCAGUGCAUCGUCCUCUGCCCCGGAUGCAAGACAUUCUGCAUGUGUGACUUCUACCCCGGCGUGUCCUGCGGUGACCCGCGCUUCACCGGCGGCGACGGCAACAACUUCUACUUCCACGGCAAGAAGGACGGGGACUUCUGCAUCCUCUCCGACGCCAACCUCCACAUCAACGCGCACUUCAUCGGCAAGCGCAACCCGGCCAUGAGCCGCGACUUCACGUGGAUCCAGGCGGUCGGCAUCCGCUUCGGCGCCGCCGGCGCCGUCGACCACCGCCUCUACAUGGGCGCACAGAAGACCGCCAAGUGGAGCAACGACGUGGACCGCCUGGAGCUGGCCUUCGACGGCGCGCCCGUCACCAUCCCCGCCGAGACCGGCGCCGUGUGGGAGCCCGCCGCCGUGCCGGGGCUCACCGUCACCCGGACCGCCGCCGCCAACGGCGUCAGGGUGCAGCUCAGGGGCGUGUUCGACAUCGUCGCCAACGUGGUGCCCAUCAGCGAGGAGGACUCGCGCGUCCACAACUACGGCGUGACCGAGGACGACAGCCUCGCGCACUUCGACCUCGGGUUCAAGUUCUUCGACCUCACCGACGACGUGCAUGGCGUCCUCGGCCAGACCUACCGCGCCGACUACAUCAACCAGCUCAGCGUCAGCUCCAAGAUGCCCGUCAUGGGUGGGGCGCCAAACUACGUCUCCUCGGACAUCUUCGCCACUGACUGCGCCGUCGCAAGGUUUGGUGCCCGCCGCGCCGGCGCCGGCAUCUCCAUGGUUACAGCUCAGGCCAGUUAAAGCCACCGGCGCCACCCACGAUAACCGUCUAGCCAAGCUAUUUUAUUUAAAGCAAAGCAUAAAUAAAUUUGUCUGCACGAAUCAGGAUUGUCCUGUUGUACCAUUGGGUUAAUUUGCCGCCGGAUUCACCAAUCUAUUUGUUAUUUAA